AUGGGCAGUCUGGCUAGAGGGAGGAGGGGGGGGGGAGAGGAAGCCCCGCCUACGCCCCGCCCCUCGCCGCUUACCUGUCCUGCCCGCGCGCGCGCGCCAGAGAGAGAGAAGAGGCCGCCGUCCGGACUGUCACGUGGGGCGACUCUCGUGCUUUCAGAAAGGGCGCGCGCUCUCUCGCUCGCUCAUUCGCGCGCUUCCGUGUCCGGCGGGGAAAGCUACUUCCGGGUCGUUUCUCAGAAGCGAUGCUACUGCUGCUACGGUCGGCAUGCGGAGGGGCUCGGGCCCUGCUGCCCCCUCGUGGUCGGCGGCGGCGGCGGCGGCGGCGGCGCUCUAGGCCAGCAAUGUCUCAGAUGGUGGCAGCUUCCCCAGAAACGGGCACAACACAGUGUUGUGUCAGAAGUGGCUUCUCAUUCCAGAGUGGCAACACCAUCUGUCCCCAAUGCUGUGGCAAAUCGGGCUGUGGGGCGCUGGCUCCUAAUCUGCAGUGGCACUGUAGCCGGAGCUGUGGUGCUUGGUGGAGUUACUCGGUUGACAGAAUCUGGACUUUCAAUGGUUGACUGGCACUUGGUGCGGGAGAUGAAGCCUCCUCAGACACAGCAAGAGUGGGAAGCAGAAUUCCAAAAGUACCAGCAGUUCCCAGAAUUUAAAAUACUGAACCAUGACAUGACACUGACUGAGUUCAAAUUCAUCUGGUACAUGGAAUACUCACACCGUAUGUGGGGACGGCUUGUUGGAUUGGCUUACAUCCUUCCAGCAGCUUACUUUUGGAGGAAAGGUUACCUGAACCGGUCCUUGAAGGGUCGUGUCCUUGCCCUCUGUGGUCUCGUGUGCUUCCAGGGCCUCUUGGGCUGGUACAUGGUAAAGAGUGGGCUGGAGGAAAAGCCAGACUCCCAUGACAUCCCUCGGGUCAGCCAAUACCGUCUAGCUUCACACUUGGGAUCUGCACUCAUUCUUUAUUGCUAUAGCCUGUGGACUGGACUAUCACUUCUACUGCCACAGCACAAGUUACCCGAAACUCGACAUCUCUUACAUCUGAGAAGAUUUGCUCAUGGAACAGCCGGCCUUGUCUUUCUUACUGCCUUAUCAGGGGCAUUUGUAGCAGGACUAGAUGCUGGACUUGUAUACAAUUCCUUUCCCAAGAUGGGGGAAUCUUGGAUUCCUGAUGACCUCCUUGCCUUUUCUCCAGUGCUGAAGAAUGCAUUUGAGAAUCCGACAACUGUACAGUUUGAUCAUAGAAUUCUGGGAGUUUCUUCUGUCACAGCCAUCACAGCUCUGUACCUGUUUUCCAGGAAAAUUCCUCUCCCUCGGAGGACUAAAAUGGCAGUUACUUCCUUACUGGCUGUUGCAUAUCUCCAGGUCACUUUGGGCAUCAGCACACUACUUCUGUAUGUCCCAACACCUUUAGCAGCCACUCAUCAAUCUGGUUCCCUAGUAUUGCUCAGUGUAGCUCUGUGGCUGAUGCAUGAACUCAGGCGAGUCCCUAAGUAGUUCUGCUCUCUUUAGCCAGGUGCUGAGCAUUCCGUUUUUGCUUCUGACUGAAGGCCUUGAACAUAAAUAGAAAAUGGGAAUGGUGAAGAGCAGCACUUUAACAUCCUGAUAUGGAGGAUUUUAUUGCAACAUUUGGUGAGCAGGGGCCAUCAUUAGUUGAGUUAUCUUUUGCUAAGGUGUGAGGCUUUUAAGACUGUAUCUGUGGCAGAAGCUACUGUUGUUUCAGGCAUACAGUACCUCAGAUUUACUAUGCUAUUUCUCUGAAGAUACAGCUGUGGUCUAAUUUUGGUGGAGUCUUUGGCCCAAGUCUGGGUGACCUGUAGCACUCCAGGUGCCCACCCUUGGGCUGCAGUUUAGAUCCCUAUGCUAACUGAGUAAUGGGAGUUGCAUUUCAUCAAUAUCUGGAGACAUUCCCCACUCUUGCUUAACCCCGAUAUUCUAUGAAGAAUAAAAUUUGACAGGGAUAGUAUACAUUAUGAUUAGAUGCUGUUUGACUACAUUUUAACACAGGAGUAGUGGGACAGGCAAACUUUAUAUCAUGGAUUUUCUGUAACAAUAUGCCCCAUAAUUUCGUUGUGGAAUUAUAAUGUAUGAAUAUUGAUAAGUAUGCUGUAUUGUAAUGCAGUUGCUGUACAUACCUUUAUUUAAUAAAAAGCUUCUGCAUUAA